AAUGUGAGAUUUUAGAAGCUUCUCUCUCCUUGUCUCCACUAGCACUUUCCUUACUCUCUAGUACUACUUCCUCUUUGUAGACAGCAGAAAAUAGAUAUCAGAAUGCAUACAGGAUGUGUGCGGUGCAGCAUGACGGAGAACUGGGGUUUUCCUUUGAUGUGACAGUAGACGUGGUAGCAUUGACACAGAAAUCAUUGACGCGCUGGCGGUGCUCCUUGAGGGUGACUUCUGCUCGUGUGACUGUGGAGUAGAGACAGAAGUCCUCAGUACAGUUCAAAGAGUGUUCCGCCAGAGUUUCUUCUGCAGAAUCCAUGUUUUCACAUUGUUGCUUUGAUUGUGUCUUGCUUCUGCUGGUGCUGGUGCUAUGUACAAGAUCUUUGGAAGCGCAGUAUGUGUUUGAGGUGGGUCAGAAUGCUUAUCUGCCCUGUAGCUACACUCCAGCCUCCUCAGAGAAUCUUUUUCCUGUGUGCUGGGGGAAGGCGGCCUGCCCUUUGUCUCAGUGCCACAAUAGAGUUCUCAGCACUGAUGAAAGCAACGUGAAAUACCAGCGAUCUAGCAGAUACCAACUAAAGGGGAAUCUCCACAAAGGGAACGUGUCCCUGACCAUAGAGAAUGUGACUGCAGAAGACAGCGGGACCUACUGCUGCCGGAUAGAGUACCCAGGCAUCCUAAAUGAUAAAAAGUUGAACCUGGAGUUGGUCAUCAAACCAUCCAAGGUCACCCCUGCUCCGACUCCACAGACAGACUGUACUACAGCCUUUCCAAGGAUGCUUACUACCGAGCAACAUGGAUCAGGUAAUCAUACAUGGGGCACACUGCAUUCUAAUUCAGGAUUCUCAUUGUCUACUGAAUUGCAAGACUCCACAGCAACCACUGGAUUCCGUGUCUUCAUUGGAGCAGGAGUCUCUGCUGGGAUAGCUCUAAUUAUUAUCCUUGGCGUUCUAAGUCUAAAAUGGCAUUCUCAUAGCAAAGAGGAGUUAAAGAAUUCAAGCCUCAUCACUUUGGCCAACCUCCCCCCAUCAGGGUUAACAAAUGCCAUGGCACAGGGGCCACGUUCAAAUGACAACAUCUACGUCAUUGAGGAGCACGUGUAUGAAGUGGAGGAUGCAAACGAGUAUUACUGCUAUGUUAACAAUGAGCUGCGAUCCUAACAUCUU